AUGGAAAAAAGCGUGCACGAUAUAUUGAUUCACAAAAAAGACGGAACUGACAAUCCCGCUAACUUCAGACCAAUAACUCUAGAAUCUGUUCCGCUCAAAGUUUUUACGUCGUGUCUUCGUAACAAAAUUUUCGCUUUCCUAUCUGAAAACAAUUACAUAGAACAUGACAUCCAGAAAGGUUUUAUCCCAAACGUUGCAGGAACUGUUGAACAUACAGUCCAUAUGGCGCACAUAAUCAACACAGCCCGUAUAAAACAAAGGUCACUUGUAAUCACUUUACUCGAUCUGAAGAAUGCAUUGGGUGAACUACAUCACAACCUUAUUUACAAAGUUCUUCAAUAUCAUCAUAUACCUGAUCCUAUUAAUGAACUAAUCCGGAGUCUUUAUACUAACUUCCAAACAUCUAUCAUAACUGAAAAAUUCAGUACCCCUUUCAUUACCGUCGGCCGUGGCGUUUUACAAGGUGACUGCCUUAGUCCACUCCUUUUCAAUAUGUCCUUUAAUACCUUCGUACAACACAUUAAAUCUGAAUCAUUCCCGGAGCUUGGCUUUUGGAAAUUUAAUAAAACUGGUAUUCCGUGUAAUCCAAUUCAUUGGUUCCAGUUUGCAGACGACGCGGCUGUCAUUAGUAGCCAAGAAAAAGAAAAUCAAAUCCUACUCAAUCGCUUCUCGGUAUGGUGUCAAUGGGCCAAUAUGAUUAUACGUGUUGACAAGUGCUCUACGUUCGGUAUUGAAAAACACUCAUCUAAAUCUGUUCAAUAUCAACCUAAAUUGUUUAUUAGCCACCUACUUGUACCCCGUACCGAAACUGGUGAAUCCUUCCGCUACCUUGGUCGUUAUUUUAAUUUCAACAUGUCAGAAGAAAAACCCCAAUCGGAUAUAUGUGACUUGUUUAAUAAUAUCAUAUCUAAAAUAGAUGAAUUACAUUUGUACCCCCGAAAUAAAAUCCUGCUAUACAGUCGCUACUUGCUCUCGAAAAUCUCAUGGGACUUCACAAUAACUGAUAUAUCGCAAACAUGGGUUUGCGAGACUUUGGACGGUAUUGCUACUAAAUAUAUACGAAAAUGGCUCGAACUGCCAAUAUCUGCAACUCUAAGCAAUGUCUAUCUCCCUUACAACAAAUUUGGUUUAAAUGUCAUUCUACCUUCAACGAAGUUUAUACAGUGCCAAACUGUCUCACGCUUAGCUUUAAAGUAA